AAGAGAUAAUUGAUUCCAUUAUGUGUGCGUCGGCCAAGUACAACACCCGGGGUCCAGCCCUCAUCCCGAGGAUGAAAACCAAGCAUCGCAUCUACUACAUUACUCUCUUCUCCAUCGUUCUCCUUGGCCUAAUUGCCACAGGAAUGUUCCAGUUCUGGCCUCACUCCAUUGAGUCAUCCAGCGACUGGACCGUUGAAAAACGCAGUGUCCACGAUGUGCCUGUGGUCAAGCUUCCUGCCGAUAGCCCCAUUCCCGAGCGGGGAGACCUCAGCUGCAGGAUGCACACCUGCUUCGAUGUCUAUCGAUGUGGCUUCAAUCCCAAAAACAAAAUCAAGGUAUACAUCUACUCACUGAAAAAGUACGUAGAUGAAUAUGGGACAUCGGUGAGCAACACCAUUUCCAGGGAAUACAAUGAGCUGCUGACGGCCAUCUCUGACAGUGAAUUCUACACCGACGAUGUCAACCGGGCUUGCCUUUUCGUGCCAUCCAUAGAUGUCCUCAAUCAGAACGCGCUCCGUAUCAAGGAGACGGCUCAGGCUUUGGCGCAGUUAUCCAGGUGGGAUCGAGGCACAAAUCACUUGCUCUUCAAUAUGCUGCCUGGAGGGCCGCCAGAUUAUAACACCGCCCUAGAUGUUCCUAGAGAUAGAGCUCUGCUGGCUGGUGGAGGCUUCUCCACGUGGACUUACCGGCAAGGCUACGAUGUCAGUAUUCCUGUUUACAGCCCGUUGUCAGGGGAAGUGGAUCUGCCAGAAAGAGGACCAGGUCCUCGCAGGUAUUUCAUUCUGUCAUCCCAAAUGGCUCUACACCCAGAAUACCGGUCUGAGUUGGAAGCUCUUCAGGCUGAGAAUGGGGAAUCUGUAUUGAUCCUAGACAAAUGUACCAAUCUGUCAGAUGGGGUCCCUGCUGUGCGCAAACGCUGUCACAAGAAUCAAGUCUUUGAUUAUCCACAAGUGCUUCAGGUAAGGUGCUCUCUCCUGCAAACUCCUCUUCCCCUUGGAGACUGUCUUAGCUGUGGAGCUGUCCCCGUUUAG